AUGCAGCCACAUCCACCGCCCUCGCCAUCCUUUGGCGAGCGCAGAGGUCAUCAGCUGGCGCCAUUGCAGACAAAUUUCAGUCGGCCUACCGCAGCCCAGUCGAAAUCAGCCAUUGCGCGACACCAACGGCCUCGACCGACCGACUACCUCACUUCUCCAGGUUCCGAGCAGCCAAUUCCUCUUCUCGGCCCCGUCAAGCGACAGUCGUCCAAACCGAGCUUGCGCAAUCUGUUCACUCGAGAUCGAUCGCACCGUGCAGCUGCGGGCGAUUCCAAUGCGAAACUAGUCGGCAUUGACGAAAAUCGAUCGUCAAUCAAUCCAAAUGUCUCGGCCCAGAUCGCCCAUGCAGCAGUGGCGGAAGCACCUCCAUUCUCCCCGUCAGUGACGAGUCCUCUGACAGCCGUUUAUCCUCCGGAGUUAACCUCUCCCACCACUCCGCGACCACGAUCAACCUUGAAAACAGUCAAAACGAGACCGGCCGCCGUUGAGUCAAAAACACCGCUGCAAGAGCAGUACGGAUGGAAACCGCCACCUUUGUUCCAGGCCUACCCGCAGGCCUACAAACAUGACUGCCUCUCAACACCUUCCAUGUCCGCGGACGCAAUUCUCCGUCUGCAUGCGACAACGGGAAAUGCAAGCGCUGAACAAAUUGUGGACGAAGAUGUUGCCGAUGCGACUCGAAAGAAGAAGGAUAAAGAGCGCAAGCACCUGCGAACUUUAUCAGGCACGAUGAACAAGGUGGAGUGGACCGACAAGAUCUACGUUCUCGUCACCGCAGGGUAUAUCCUUCAGUACGCCGGCGAAGGAAAGAAUGACCGAUUGCCGGAGAAGAUGCUGCAAUUGGGCGCUCAGUCCGUAGCAUUCGCGAGCGAUGCGAUACCGGGCAAACACUGGGUGCUGCAAGUCUCCCAGAGUUCGGGACCAGGAGGUUCUUCCGCAAUUCCUGAACGCUCCAGGUCAAGCCGCUUCUCUCGAUUUGGGUUUCAUCGUUCGAGCGCCAGACGCCUGGCUCGCAGCUUCUUGCUGGUCUUUGACAAUCCCGACUCCAUGAUCGCUUGGCUCGUAGCUGUCCGUCAAGAGAUCGAGGUCCGUGGAGGCCCCAAGUUGACUGAAGAAAAGCAUUUGGACGAUGACCAAGUGCCUCGACUUCGCAGCAAGUCCAGCACGCGUAGUAUCGUGAAGAAAGACCCCCAUCGGAUCUCAAGUCUAUUCAUGCAAUCGCAAGGCUUGGUCUCGCCCGAGGAGGAAGGAGACGACAGGUCCGCCGGGCCAACGGCAUGGCAAUCUCGCCGAAGUUCGUACGUUUCCACCAAACGCCAUUCCCUGAUCGGCUCACGACGCGGCUCGGAAUCCACAUGCUGGACAGAGACCCCGAGUCACAGCUCCGACGCGCAAAUGCCACCUUUCGACGCGGCUGGUGCCCCCAGUUGCCCACCUGAGGAGCCCGUCCACCCGGCCGCUGGCGGCCGUGGUGACAACACUUAUUCCACUCCUUCAUUCGAUGCGUCGAAUUUGAAUCAAAGAAUCGCGAAACGUCAAUCGAAUUUCGCAAUUUCCCAACUGCAAGCUUGCCCUCCCGCUCCUUUGAACGAGGCCGCUAGUUUCAACCGAACUCCUCCUCUCCUUCCAGAAUCUUUCACGCGCUGUGCAUCGCCGCCCGCACCAAACUUCAGCGUUCCUUCUUUCAGCAAGAAAUUCGUCACUCGACCAGGGCCACCUCCCAACGUCGCCCCGCCUGCACCCCUCGGAGCCCGUUUUCAAAGGGUUGAGAGCUUCGGAGAUGUCGAUGUUUCCGGCAUUUCUUCGCCCCCACAUUCGCCCACGUACAGCAUCAACAGCUAUAGACCGACAGAUACCACGCAUUCAUCGAUGAUGCAGCAAGAAGCACAUGGGCGACGUGUACUUCGUCCUUCCAACUCGGAGGACACACUCCCACGAGCUGUCCGUCCUGUACCAAAUGCAGCUCAUCUUUUACGACUGCCGUACAAUCCCUCUUCUGGGGUUGGCUCACCCUCAUCUCGACCUCAGAGCUUGGUUGGUCGGUCUGGACUGGGCAUCCAUAUUGCCAGCCAAGAACCUGCGCUGAUGAAGAUGCCUACUCUCGAGUCAGUGUCUCUUUCUUGUCCGCGGACAGCGGCAGCAAGUCCCGCCCAGGGCAGCCAACCGAUACCUCGACGCAAAAGUAUGCCGGGGCUCUCCGCUGGACCUCCCGUGGCGCCCCCGCCGAAUUGUCCCCUACCCCAGAUUCCGCCCGCCCUGAUGUCUCAAGCAGCCACAGCUGGGCGAUCAGCCUGA